AUGUCACCUGGCGCGUGUUGCUGCUACAUGUACCAAUGGUUCUUGAAGCAUUGCUCCAUCAUGUCGACCGUCACACCCGCGCAUCAGCUAUCGUCAGUACCUGCGAAAGACAUCCUCCCAUUUCAGAGCCGCCAGCAACCCGCCGUCCGGUUAUACCCACUCAGCAACUACACAUUCGGCACCAAGGAAACACAACCAGAAGAGGAUGCUUCAGUAAAAGACCGACUAAAGCGACUGGAAGAAUACUACGAGAAACAUGGCAUGCGAAGAUCCUGCGAAGCCAUUCUCGUCUGCCAUGAACACAACCAUCCGCAUGUCCUGAUGCUGCAAAUCGCCAAUGCCUUCUUCAAGCUCCCUGGCGACUACAUCCCUCACGACGUCGACGAGAUUGAAGGCUUCAAGACCCGCCUGAACGACCGCCUUGCGCCUACCGGCUCUCUCGCCGAGAAAGACGACCACGACUGGAACGUGUUCGACACACUCGCUCAGUGGUACCGCCCGAACUUCGAAACAUUCAUGUAUCCAUUCCUACCACCGCACGUAACGCGCCCGAAAGAGUGCAAGAAGCUGUACUUCAUUCAGCUGCCGACAGAGAAGGUGUUGUCAGUACCCAAGAACAUGAAGCUGCUUGCGGUGCCGCUGUUCGAGCUGUAUGACAACAGUCAGAGGUACGGGCCGCAGCUUUCUGCGAUACCGCAUUACUUGAGCAGAUAUCGAUGGGAAUUCGUGGAUGAGGAUGGAAAGAUCGUGAGUUGGACACCUGGAGGUGAGGUGGACGAGAGGGUGAAGACGAAGAUCCUCGCAGGAGGAGAGAACGGACAUGCAGAGAGUGGUGCAGACCCUGAUGUCAAGAUGGAGACCAAGGGUGAAGAACCUGCGGCGGCUUAG